AAACUGAGAAGUUGACUUUUGUUCUGAACUUUGUGAGAACAACUCACACACUCAGAGGACACACUCAGAAAGACUUUUCCUGCUGAUCAAAGGUGUUUAAAGGAUUUAAAGAUACACCCAGCAGCGAUGGAGUCACCUCCUCGACCUACUCUGUUCGACUUCCAUGGAGUCUCCAUGACCAGAUUCUUCACCGACAACUGGGAAAAUGUCCAGAAGCUCAAAGCAAGACCAGAUGAUGUUGUGUUAGCAAGUUAUCCUAAAGCAGGAAACACAUGGGUCUCUUACAUCCUGGACCUUCUGUAUUGUGACGAGACAACGCUGGAGCAGCAGGACUCGGUCCCACUCUUCGAUAAAGUGCCGUUCCUGGAGCUUUACCAUCCUGGGUUCCCCAGCGGAGUGGAUGCCACGAAUCACAUGACCAAGUUUCCACGCAUUAUCAAGACGCACCUCCCGGUCCAGUUUCUCCCCCAGUCCUUCUGGGAGCAGAACGCCAAGAUAGUCUACGUGGCUCGCAACGCCAAAGACUCGGCGGUGUCGUAUUUCCAUUUUGAUCGCAUGAACAAGGCCCAGCCGGAGCCUGGUGACUGGAGCAGUUUCCUCCACAGAUUCAUGGAGGGGCAAAUGGUGUUUGGUUCCUGGUACGAACACGUGACUGGCUGGUGGGAGAAGAAACAGACCAGCUCCAACAUCCUGUUUUUGUUCUACGAGGAUCUGAUUGAGGAUUUUGCUGGGGAACUGAAUCGUCUCUGCUCCUUCCUGGGACUGUCUCCGAGCGCGGAGAAGAAGAAACACAUAACAGAAAAGGUUCUGUUUGACAACAUGAAACGUAACAAGAUGGUGAACGGGUCGACAGACGAAGUCUUCGACUUGAGCAUCUCUCAUUUCAUCCGCAAAGGAAACGUUGGCGACUGGAAGAAUCACUUCACUGUCAAACAGGAUGAGGAGUUUACUGAAGACUACAAGAGGAAGAUGAAAACCACGGACCUUUGUUUCCGCACUGUUCUGUAGUCUGUCUUCUGUCCACUAAUGGCCCAAACAUUAAAAAAGAAAGGCCUAGUAUCCCUUGAUGGGAUCUGUUUUGCACAUUUCAUGCUGAGUUUUAAAGUGAGUCAUACAGAGAAAUGAGGUGUCAACGUUUUGAUCAAAUCUUGAAAAUAAUAUUUUAUUACUACUAAUACCAUAGCAUCAAAAUUUAGCCCA